AUGGAAGCCCGCCCGCCCGCGACUGUCGAUGCAAACUUCAUCUCACCCCCGACUCACAGCGACAAGAGGUCUCGCGCUUGUAUCGGGUGCAAGCUCGUCAAAACUUUCGAUCAGUUUAUCGAGGAUGGUUGCGAAAACUGUCAACACUUAGCUCUGAAAGACGAUCGGGAACGCGUUUCAGAAUGUACUACAACAAGCUAUUCUGGUGUUGUAUCGCUUUUAAGCGACGAAAAUGCGUCUUGGGUAGGGAAGUGGUUGCACCUAGGUAAAUAUGCAUGCGGUUGCUACGCCCUUCAAUUACAAGGCUCGUUGAUCACCCCCGUCGACAAACCCGUUGGGCGCACGUAA